AUGGAGCGUUGGCAUAAUCGCAUUGCUGUAGUCACUGGUGCCAGUUCGGGCAUUGGCACAGCUGUCGUAAAAGAUCUUGUGCGCGAUGGUGUUAUUGUGGUCGCCUUGGCGCGUCGCAUGGACAGAUUGGAGGCGAUACGCAACACUUUGCCCAAGGAUCAACAAUCACGGCUGCAUGUACAAAAAUGUGAUGUGACAAAGGAAAAUGAUGUGAACGACACAUUCGAUUGGAUUGAACAAACACUUGGCGGUGUAGAUAUUUUAAUUAAUAACGCUGGCGUGCUGAUACCAGGAGCCUUACUAACACAGAGUCUUAGCGAAAUCAAUCAGGUGCUGCAAACAAACAUUGUGGGCGUGGUUCAUUGUACACAACGCGCUUUUAAGUCAAUGAAGUCGCGUAAUUUCGAUGGGCAUGUGUUCCUCAUAAACAGCCUAACUGGACAUGGUGUGUUGAGUUGUCCGCCGGAUGAGGUGCCCAAUUUCAGUAUUUAUGGACCAAGCAAAUAUGCUAUCACUUCGAUUACGGAGGUUUUGCGGCAGGAGUUUCGUGGCUAUAAAACUAAAAUUAAAGUUACUAGCGUAAGCCCAGGAUUUGUGGAUACUGAAAUUGUACCAGACACAUUUCAAAGCGAUUG